CGGCGCAGCUCUGCGGCUCCUGCGGCGGCCGAAGAGGUGGUCGGGAAGUAGGUGCUUCCUGCUGGGCAGCUAGCUCCUCCGCUUCUGUCCGCUCCGCGGCGGGAAGCGCCUUCCCCACAGGACAUCAAUGCAAGCCUGAAUAAGAAAAACAAUUUCUUCUUCCUAAGCCAUGGCAUAUCAGUUAUACAGAAAUACCACUCUGGGAAACAGUCUCCAGGAGAGCCUUGAUGAGCUCAUACAGUCUCAACAGAUCACCCCCCAACUUGCCCUUCAAGUUCUACUUCAGUUUGAUAAAGCUAUAAAUUCAGCAUUGGCGCAGAGGGUCAGGAACAGAGUCAAUUUCAGGGGCUCUCUAAAUACGUACAGAUUCUGCGAUAACGUGUGGACUUUUGUAUUGAAUGAUGUUGAAUUCAGAGAGGUGACAGAACUUAUUAAAGUGGAUAAAGUGAAAAUUGUAGCCUGUGAUGGUAAAAAUACUGGCUCCAAUACUACAGAAUGAAUUGGAAAAAAAAAAAAAAUGGCUUUUUUUUAAUGCCAUCUUCUGUUAUUAUUCAUCGCUUUUUUGAAGAGAAGCAUAGAAGAGACUUUUUUUUUAAUUUAUUCUGGCAUCGCAGAAAUGACUACACUGUGCUAUAUAUACUAUCAGAAUUCCAAUAGAAAGAAGCUUAUAACUCUAGCCUCUUACAUUACCUUUUCAGCAUGAAGAAACAGAAGUUUUUUUUAAUAACAAACAUUGUUGCCUUCCUAAGAACAUUCUUGAAUAAACUCAUUUUAAAACUCA